AUGUACGCGGAAAAGAAGGUUUGUGUAUGGCGUGGACAAGGGAGUGGAGAACGGGUUUGGUUUGGAUGCAAAAGCAUGGACCUGCGUCCGCUCCAGCCCCCUACCUAUUCCCGUUCGACUCCCACCGUCAGGUUGAUAAUUUCAAAACCAAGUGCAAUAUCCUACCAGUUCAGUCGUUCCAAUCACCUCACCAUGGACUUUGACAAGGCCGUCCAAGAACAAUCUACUGUACAGUACAACGGCGGACAAGAAAGUGAAAUCUCCGAAGACGUUCAUCCGCAUAUCGAACAAGGCAGGGCCUGGUUUGUGUGCGAGUGUGUAGAAAGUCAAGAGUUUCCCGGAACUCUGAUAUCUAUACAUAAACGAACUGAGACCGUAGCAGGGGCACCAGGAAUCGAUGCGCGAUUGAGAUCUGCACCUACAAAAAGCGAAGGCAAGGUGCUCCCAGACGGGUCAACCUACGUAGCCUCUGCUGUUCAAUAUACUCAGGGCGAUGAUGCACAGAAAGCCAAACUAAACGUCGUUAACAACGACGUUAAUGCACUUAUCGCCAAGAUGACAUCAAUCCAAGCAACUGCUAUGCAGAUACUGCUUUCCAAAGGCUCCGUCACUCUACCAGGUGAUAGCUCGCCUGUGGUCAGAUUGGGUACUGGGCAGCAGCCUAAGGACGCUUACAAUAAUAACCCACGGUUAUGGGAGGCAGUGUUCCGGAAUACUUCUAUCAAGCUGCAGUCGCUUGGUUUUGUGGCUUCCUCAUCACAGGUUCAGAGCUUCAAGUGGUCCGGUACCACUAUUGGUACUGCUUUCAUUACUAGCGUGAUCCGCGCAGCGGUCAUCGGAAUGUCUGGUGGUGCAAUCGAGACGAUAGCGGGAGCCAUAAUGUCUAGGCUGGGUGACGAUCUGCAGAUCACUUAUCAAGCGACAACCUCCUCGUCAAGAACGUCGGCAUUGUUGCCUGUCUACUACUACAAUGAACUCACCGGGAAAUUCGGAGCUGUAAUUGCCGUUAUCACGGUCAUUAUGAGUAAGAGUACCAGGGACACAACAACCGCUUGUUAUAGCAGCUCAUCGGUCACUACGACUUACAAUAGUCGAGCUGUGACUUACCGGGUGAGCCCUGAUCUGCUCAGGAAACAGAUCGGAGACAACCAAUCAGCGAUCGACGCCGGCGCUGAAUUCUUUGGGAACUCAGUCAAGGCAGGAAAAGCUGCUGCGGCUCCUAAAUGGUUGUCGGGUUAG